GUGUGUGUGUGUGUGUGUGUGUGUGUGUGUGUGUGUGUGUGUGUGUGUGUGUGUGUGUGUGUGUGUGUGUGUGUUACACGCUCACGCACACAUUUAUGUUUGUGUGUGUAGAGGCAUGCACUUGCAGGCUUGUAUUCUUUUUGGUGUGAUUUUGUACAUAAUUGUAUGCACGUAUGACUUGCACGUAAAUGUAUAUUAUAUUAAUUCUUUUGAGUAGGUGUCAGUACAUUCAAAAGCACUGAAUAGGAUUUUCCACAGAAUGCCAUAGGAUGUUCAUGAAUAAGAAUUAGCUUUUUUAUAGUGGACGGGUCAUAUCUCAGUUACCAACAUUUCCAUGAUGAAUAAAAACUACCAGAGACAAUUUGAAUGUGGUUUUGUAGUGAGACUUUUUGAAUUGGUGUUCAUCUCUCAAAGUUUUCAGAUAGUUUUUAAUUCUAACAAAAGUCAACUAGAUGUUUUGAUUAAGAUUUCAGAUAAUUUAUUUAGUUAUAUUUUUUAUCUUUAACCCAUUUGUGUUGGGUAUAUGCACUGUCCACUUUAUUUUUGCUUUGUCAAAUUUUGUUUACGAGCAGGUAGCUUCAUAAGUAUUUAGUCACCAAGGAGUCGGUUGCUGGCCUCACUGUUGACCUCAUUUAUUGAAUUUUCAGAGUAAAAAGUGUUUUAUUCUGAUGUUGUUAUUAUUGUUAUUAAUAUUUUUAUUUUUAUAGUUGACAUUAUCAUUAUCAUUAUCUUAUUAACCCCUUUGAUCUAGAUGACAUUAUCAUGAGGAAAUUUUGAUUAAGGGUCAAGUAACCUCAUGGGAAAAUCUGGCUGUGGGCAGAGUGACUUGCACAAACCUGUUGGAGGGAAAUUAGACUCAUAUGGGAUUUAGAAAGGGGACUUUACAUUAUUUCCAUUGAUAAACAAGUAUGGAAUGUAGUGUCCGUGAGCCAUAACUUAAAGAGUGCUAGCUCUAGGGAGGUUUCCAUUACCAUGCUCAGUAUUAUAUUCCUAGCCGCUCUGACCGAUGGUGCAGAAAACUGAAUAUUACCACAAAAAAAAACAAAAAAACUGUUACUUAUUCUUAUUAUUCUUAUAGACUACCUAGGGAGAUGAUAUGGAGUCAGUGCAAGGAAAACAGUCUAUUACCAUCUGGAUAAAACAAAUCAAAUGACAAAUAUGGAUGUUGGAAAAUAGCAAAAAAGCUAGAAAAGCUUGUGCAUAAAAAAAACGAAAAUAACGGGGAAGGCUUAGAGUUUUGUCACUGUACGAGUGUCCGUGUGCGUCCGGCCUACAAGCUGUGCACCAGGCAGAGUGGCUGCUCAUGUAAGCUUAAUGCCUGUUUUUGGGCCAUGCGAUUACCGUGAAGCACCUGGAUCCAAGGGGUUAACGAUACUAUUUUUUUUUUUUUCUUCCCAAAAUCUCAAUAAAUAGGCUCAGCAUAUAAAGUCAGGUAGGCCUAGUAAUUGAAGCCUUAGGGACUAAGCACUUCUGGAGCCAUCUCUGUUUCAACAAACAUAAUCAACUAAGAUCACAGUGGAUAGGGCAUCUAUAUGAGUACAUACUCUGCUGGCAUCAACAGUUACACUUGUGGCAAUUUUGGUUAGCUGCUGUAGGUUUAGUGAUUGAAGAUAUAUGAAAGUAUAUAUAUUUUAAAAUCAGAAUCCUCUUUAGACUCAGAUUCUCUUUACCAUAAAAAAUCCCCCACCCCUCCUCUUUCACUCCAGUUAAACUUCCAUCCCUCGACCAGUGUCAUGCCAAAUCUGUUAAUGAGGACUUUCUACCUCCUAGGAUUAAGAACGUGUCUCUGGCUGGCUGCGGCUUCCUAGCGUUAUACCUGUUAGGUGCAAUCAAAUGCUUGUUGACUGUCUGUCCCCAUGUCCUGAAGGAGACUGUUAUUUCGGGAGCAUCUGCGGGAGCCUUGAUUGGCUCAGCGCUGAUCUGUCAGGUACCUAUUGAUGAUGUGAAAUACAAGAUCCUGAAUGCGGCUGUUGAGGCCAGAAAGUGGGCAAUGGGGCCUUUCAGUCCAGGGUUCAAGUUUGAGGAUUACCUUAGGGCAGGCAUCGAGCUGUUACCUCCUGACGCCCACCUGAGUGCCAAUGGGCGGCUUUUUGUGUCACUUACAAGAGUCCGGGACAUGUCUAAUGUGAUUGUAUCUGAGUGGGACUCGCGCGAAGACCUGGUUCAAACACUAAGGUGUGCUUGCUACAUCUUGGGGGCAUCGGGGAUGGUUCCGCCCACCCUACGCGGAGAAUGGUUCAUCGAUGGGGGAUACAGCAACAGGCAGCCUGUGGUCAGCAAGGAUGCUCUCACCAUCAGUCCAUAUGCAGGUGACGCAGACAUAUGCCCAGAGGAAGAGCCGACACGCAGGAGGGUGAGCUGGGCCAACCACACUGUCAAUAUGUCCAAAAGCAACACACUGCGCUUGUACCAGUCCCUGAUGCCCCCUGCACCCCACAUCCUCAACCAGUACCAUACUCAGGGUUACAGAGAUACAUGGCUGUACUUGCAAAGAAUGAAAUCGAAGCUGAGAAGUAACUGA